AUGUGGGGAAGUCGGCCAGGGGGCCCAAGGCCACGCCAGUGGGGACAGGGAUUGGUGAAACGAUGCUCGCAGGAGGUCGCCGCGUGCGACGCCGCGGGGGAAAAGCCGCGCGCGUGCGUGCUGACGCCGUGGGCGGAGUGGUCCAGUUGCAGCGCCACCUGCGAGGGACAGCGCUUCCGGCGGCGCGAGAUCGCGGAGGGCGAGCCCGCCGACUGCUUCCUGGAGGCCGCCGACACCGUGGAAACGGAGCCUUGCGGGGCCUCCAGCUGCGGGGCGGGCGUGGACUGCGAGCUCAGUGAGUGGACCGAGUGGGGCAACUGCUCGCAGGCCUGCGGCGUGGGCGUGGCCCAGCGCUCGCGCGAGGUGAAGAGCCCCGGGCGCGAGGGCGGCCUCGGCUGCGCGGGCGGGCUCGAGGAGGUGAAGGCCUGCAUGGCCGCCGAGUGCCUCGCGGUGGAUUGCCAGUGGGCCCAGUGGGACGACUGGGCCGCUUGCACCCGGACCUGUGGGGGCGGCAACCACCGCCGCACGCGCACCGUGCUGACCACGCAGGAGAACGGUGGCGCGCCCUGCGCCGCGGAGGACAAGGCGGAGGUGGCGCCGUGCGCCACGCAGAGUUGCGAGGUCUGCAUCGACGGCGCGUGGAGCUCCUGGGAGGACUGGUCGGAGUGCUCCGCCUCGUGCGGCGGGGGCCUCCGCGCACGCCAUCGCGAGGUGGCGCAGCGGCCCAACAGCUGCGGGAAGCCGGCCGUCGGCCUGGAGGACGAGUACGACGUCUGCAGCACGAGCCCGUGCGAGGCCAAGAAGGACUGCGAGCUGUCCGAGUGGACGGAGUGGUCCUCCUGCAGCAGCGACUGCUUCGGCGUCCGCGAGAGGUCCCGGCACGUGGUGCAGUACGCCUCGGGCGGCGGGGAGGCCUGCCAGAACGAGUCCCUGAAGGUCGUCUCGCCGUGCCGCCCCGGCCCCGACGAGGACGCCCCCGCGGAGUGCGGCGAGCAGCCCCCGAGGCCGUGCCGCAUGGCCUCCUGGGAGGACUGGGGCGCGUGCUCGGCGAGCUGCGACGGCGGACAGAAGAGGCGGCAGCGCAUCAUCGAGAGCCCGAGCCACAACGGGGGCGCCCCGUGCAACGCCUCCACGUCCGAGGAGGCGCCCUGCGGCACGGAGCCCUGCGACGCCGAGAGCGGCAACGACUGCCGCUGGGGGAGCUGGUCGGAGUGGAGCAGCUGCGCGCAGUGCGGCGGGCAGCGCAACCGCCACCGGGCCAUCGCACGGCCGGCAAAGGCGGGCGGCAUCCCGUGCGACGCGGGCAGCAGCCAGGAAGUCGAGCCCUGCGAGAGCGCGUGCGAGCAGAGCUACUACUGCACGUGGUCGGAGUGGUCGGGGCUCGGUGGUUGCUCUGCCGAGUGCGGUCACGCCUCGCAGAUGAGGCAGCGGCAGCUGGUGUUUACAAAGGAGAAGCCCUCGCACGGCAACAUCCUGUUUGAGGGUUCAUACGACCUCUCGUGCGCGGGCUCGCAGAUCAACGUGAGCGCGUGCCCCUACGUGGACUGCGCCCCCAAGUGCGAGCCGCAGGACUGCGUCUUCAGCGACUGGAACGAGUGGACGGAGCCCACCUGCUUGCAGCUCUGCGAGCGCCACCGCGUCAUCCAGAAGAUGGACAGCUGCGGCGGCAGGCCAUGCAACGGCUCCCUUCUCGAGACCAAGAACUGCGGGAAGACGUGCGACCAGAAGGAGGACUGCGUGAUGUCCAGCUGGAGCGCCUGGGUGCCGCCCAGGUGCUCCAAGACCGGGCAGCAGAGGUUCCGCACUCGUGAGAUCCUGCAGGCCCCGAGCGAGCUCGGAAAGCCGUGCGUUGGGUCCAUCAACGAGACCGUGUCCUGCAUCGUACCGCCGCCGGCGGCCGUGGACUGCAAGCUGUCCGAGUGGGUGUCCUGGUCCGAGUGUACCCGCACCUGCGACGGCGGCUUGCGCAGGAGGGCGCGCUCCAUCGAGAACGCCUCCCAGUCUGGCGGGCUGCCCUGCAAAGGCCCUCUGGAGCAGCUGGAGCCGUGCGCCACGGAGCCCUGCAUCCACAGCGCGAGGCCGUGCGAGCUGGGGGCCUGGUCCGAGUGGAGCAGGUGCGACGGCAACCAGAUGCAGUCGCGGCAGAGGAAGGUGGAGCAGGAGGCGGACGACUCUGGAACGCAGUGUGCGGGCCCGACGAAGGAGACCCAGCCCUGCAGUGCCGUGGUCGACUGUGUCGUGUCCGACUGGACCGCGUGGGACGAGUGCGACGCCACGUGCGGCGGCGGGCAGCAGGCACGGCAGCGCGCAGUGGUGCAGGCCCAGUCCCACGGAGGCGCCCGGUGCGCAGUGCACUUGGGGGAGAUGCGCGGCUGCAACAGUGACCCGUGCGGGGACAGCAGCGCGGAGGUGGGAUCCUGGUCGGACUGGGGCGUCUGUGACGCUGACUGCGGGGCGGGCAGCAUGGAGCGCCAGCGCACGGUCAACUUUGACCCGGUCAAGGGCGGCAGCUUCAGCGGCGAGCUGUCCCAGGCGGUCGGGUGCCUGGGCGAGGCGUCGAACUCCAGCGACUGCGCGCAGCCGGUGGACUGCCAGUGGGGCGACUGGGACGACUGGACAGAGUGCAGCCUCCCCUGCGACGGCGGGCAGAGGGAGCGCAAGCGGAAGAUAGCUCAAGCGCCCCGGCUGGGAGGCCGGCUGUGCGACGCGCAGAACAAGGAGGAGAUCGAGCCCUGCAACUUGGAGAGGUGCGACAACGGCGAGUGCGUGGACGGGAAGUGGUCCGACUGGCAGGACUGGACGCCCUGCUCCGCGACGUGCGACGGCGGGGUGUCCUUCAGGUCCCGCCUCGUGGCCAGAGAGGCCUCGCACUGUGGCCGGCCUGCCACCGGCGCUUCGACCGAGCACAAGGCCUGCAACGCAGGGGUGGUGUGCACUCCGGCCCAGGACUGCCAGUUCGCCGACUGGUCGGAGUGGACUGACUGCACGGCGGCCUGCGCGGGCGUCAAGCGCCGGUCCCGCGGCUUCGCGCAGCAGGGCCAGGGCGGGGGCAAGUCCUGCGACGGCGCCCUGCAGCAGACAGGCCCGUGCACGAGGCCGGGGGCCGACUGCGGCAAAGAGCAGGCGGUGGACUGCCAGGUCGGCGACUGGGAGAGCUGGGGCGCCUGCGACGUGACCUGCGGAGCUGGCCAGAAGGCGCGGUCGCGCGACAUCCUGCAGGAGGCGUCGGGCGGGGGCGCCAGCUGCCAGGACGACAUGAUAGAGACGGCGCGGUGCCAGGCUGCCCCCUGCAAGUCGGCGUGCAAUGCCACGGACUGCAGGUGGGGCGACUGGGACGACUGGAGCGCCUGCGAGAAGUGCGGGGGGCAGAAGCGGAGGAGUCGGGCGAUCGAGCAGCACGCGGCGUGCGGAGGGCGGUCCUGCGACCCAGGGGCGACCGAGCAGAUCGAGGAGUGCCCGAGGAAGUGCCACGGGGCCACUUUCUGCGCCUGGGGCGACUGGUCGAACUUCACGGAGUGCUCCGCGACGUGUGGCAGCGCGGUCAAGAGCCGCCAGCGGAAGCUGGAGCGGCGAGACGGCGGCCUGGCGCCCGAGGCCCGCGCCGGCGCCGAGGGCGACGGCGCGCACGAGCCGGCGGCGCUGGACCUGCAGGUGAAGUACGACCAGCUGCACCGGCGCGCCGAGGCCCUGGCCGAGUCCCGCCGGCGGCAGCUGGCCGUGGCCUGGGGCGCUGGCAUGCUGGGCCUGGUCGCGCUGAUGGCGGCCAGCGCCGCACUGCGCACCCGUGCGCGCAGCAGCGAGGGCUACCGGGGACUCCCCGUCGGGCGCGCGCUGCUGCACGAGCGCUCGGACGGCUACACCGUCGCCCCACAGAUGUCCCCGCCGUCCUCGCCGAUGAUCGCGCACCGGCUACCUGGGCUCUGGCGCUGA